AAACGCCGUAGCUACUCAAUCUGGCGUGCCGGUUUCAAUUGUUUUAUUUGCGGUGUGUUUGCGGUUUAAUGUGUGUGUUUCAUUGGUUUCAUGUCGGGAUUCGUUAUUCUAUAAUAAGCUCUUUUUUAAAUAUGUUUUCCGACACCAUACUUAUUGUUCUUAUAUCUAUUUGCACGGCUUUGUUUGGAGAAGGGCUCACAUGGCUUCUGGUCUACAGAAGUGAAAAAUAUCAAAAACUCAAGGCUGAAGUUGAAAGGCAAAGCAAGAAAUUGGAGCGGAAAAAGGAAACCCGUGGUGAGGCGAGUGACCGACAACAAAAGAAGAAAAUCGAGCGUGAGGAGGAGCGGCUGAAGACCAACAGCCGAGAACUGUCCAUGGUCAAGAUGAAGUCCAUGUUUGCCAUUGGCUUCACAUUUACUGCACUCCUCAGCAUGUUUAACUCAAUUUUCGACGGGCGCGUGGUGGCACGGCUGCCGUUUGAGCCCAUCUCGUUUGUGCGCGGCCUUUCACACCGCAAUCUGGCGGGCGAGGACUACCGCGAGUGUUCCUUCAUCUUCCUCUACAUCCUCUGCACCAUGUCCAUCAGACAGAACAUCCAGAAGCUGCUCGGCUUCGCGCCGUCGAGAGCUGCCAGCAAACAGAGCGGUUUCUUCCAGCCUCCGAGCCAACAGAGCUAGGUGUCACAGUGCCGCGCGCAGAGACAUUGCCGCUGGAUGAACCGGCAACCGCAGACUGCCUCCAGUAUCGACGGGGAUGCCACGGGGACUGUUAUCGCGUCCCCGUUGGUUUCCCGAUGCAAUGAUGGCCUUCUAGACAUAUGGCAUGUGGAUUUUGCCGAAUGGCGAACGAACGGGUAUCCCGUCGUUGUCUGGUUGGUGAUUGUGAUGCAUGAAAAUCUGGUGGGGCUGCGGAUUAGGUCAUGAAGGAUGUGGUGUAAAAAAUCUGGUGGGAUUGUGGAUUUGGUCAUGUGGAAAGCAGUGGCUUGUAAUAUAUCACAGGGGCUAGGAAGGAUUGUCUACAAUUGCUAGCUGAUGAUCCAACGUCUGAGUCUUUUUAUUGAUGUGUGCGUGUGACUGGACGACAGGACGGUAAUGCAAGACAGAGCGACGGUGAUCCCUAAUCGCGUGAAGUAUCACCGUGCGCUGUUUCAUCUGUGGUCGGCCACACCCGACUAGAAAACUCGUGGCGUCGUUGACUAUGAAAUAUAAUCAUUGACCUCAA